GAUGAGUGGUGGUUCAGGGAGAUUAAGAAAAGCGGUAGCAGGAACAGCGUAGAUUCAUGGGUAGAUGAUGGUGAAAUCCCCAAGAGUGGCGCUAUGAGCAGCAACCAAAGCAUGAGAGGGACGGUGUUCUAUGUUGCUCCAGAGUGUGGUGGCGAUGCGUCGGAGAAGUGCGAUGUGUACAGUUUCGGGGUGUUAUUGCUUGUGAUAGUGUCUGGGAGGCGUCCAUUGGAGGUGACUACUGGUUCGCCAUUGUCGAGCAGUGAGUUUCAGAGAGCGAAUCUUGUGUCGUGGGGUCGCCAUUGCAGCCGCAAAGGGAAGCUGCUUGAUCUUGUUGAUGAAUCCAUUCAGGGUUUGGAUAAAGAGCAGGCUCUGCUCUGUAUCAAGGUUGCGUUGCUCUGUUUGCUCAAGUCACCGUCUCGUCGUCCUUCAAUGAAAGAGGUUGUUGGGAUGGGCUUAGUGGAGAAUUGGAGCCAUCUCAAUUGCCCUUUCACUAUUCAUCUUCAUCAUCCACUGAACAGUAGCAAUUCUAUUUUGUUGUAAAUUUUCCUUUUAGUUGCGUUGACUCUCUUUUGUUUUUACUUUUGCUAGUUUUGAUCGAUUUCUCUAUUUCACACUAACUUUGAGGCAUGCUUUAGUGGAGAGGCCAUCUUUGUAGUUCACAACUUUUGCUAAUCAGAAACCCUUCUUACUUUUGUGUAACAUAUUUUGGUAAGAGGAAUGAUAUAGGCAGUAAUUUUGGUGUUUUGUAA